AUGAGCGACGCCGGAUCGCGCCGUGACGAGACAUCACCACCGCCGCCGCGUCUGUAUCGCAUUUCGACGUUGAAAGACUUCCUUCCACUCUCUGAGGCGUCACCUUUAUCUACCCGUUCCGCCGGACUACAGGGUUUGAUCCAGUCUCGCUCGAGCACUAACAUCAACGCGCAACGUGGCCCAUGGACGAACAAGCGGAGGAGAAGUAGCUUCGGCAACGAAGAAGCGCCUCGACGUAGCCAAGACAGCGAACGACCAGACGAGACGAGACCACGACGCCGCGGAUCUGCCGUCAACAGCGGCAUGGAAAGCGGCGAUGAAUAUUACGACGAACAUGAUCGCAGAAUGAGCAACGCGGGACAUAUAUUGUACACACCACAGAUGCGCAGCCAGCGGUUGAUUGGCAACAGCAACCCAAGAUACAGGUGGGAGCAGUACUGGAAGACGGACGAAGAUCUCAAGCCGCUUCCAAAGAAGUUACGCGCAUACUAUGAGCGGUGUAAUGAUCUGAUCCAGCGGUAUCUGUACAUCGAUCGGCUUUUGGACAGCAGUCUACCACAUCAUCUGAUACAGGAGUACCAACAAGUCACGUCCAACACCCGCGGGUUCAGUCCGUCUGACGUGCCGACGACCAUCUCCGAGGAGCCUACGCCACAUGACUCGCCCGAGCUAAAUGGUCAACGACAGAGUUCCAUAGAUGAGGGACAUGCUACCACGCCCAAUGGCACUGCGCCGAAGGUCAAGAGGACGCCAAGAGACAUUUACCGUGUCAAGGCCGAUGAAUCCCCAAACGGCGAACUUGAGCCACUACUCAAGAAGACGAAUACAAGAGGUGAUGAGGAAGCACUGCCCAUGCCCCCGGAACUGGAGGACGAGGAGGAAGCCGACUCAAGCUCGCGCGUAGUCACUAUUGCCAUUUGGGUCAACACUAUCGCAAACACUAUCCUGCUUAUUCUGAAGAUCAUAGUGGCAGUACUGACGAGUAGUGUGUCGGUCUUGGCAUCUCUUGUGGACGCUGCGCUGGACUGGCUGUCUACGGUCAUUAUCUGGACGACUACCUACAUGAUCGCCAACACUGACCAGUAUGCGUAUCCCAUCGGUCGAAGACGUCUUGAGCCAGUCGGCGUUAUGGUUUUCGCGGUCAUCAUGAUCGUCUCGUUCGUCCAGGUUGCUUCGGAAGGUGGUAAGAAGCUUCUUGGAGAUGACCACACGGUCGUCCAGCUCUCGCCAUCCGCUAUUGUUAUCAUGGCAAGCACUGUCGCGAUCAAAGGCUGCUGCUGGCUGUAUUGCCGCUUGAUCAACAACAGUUCUGUCCAAGCUCUCGCACAAGAUGCUGUCACGGAUGUGGUGUUCAACACUUUCUCCAUCAUCUUUCCACUCAUUGGAUAUUAUGCUGGUAUCUGGUGGCUCGAUCCCUUAGGUGGUGUCUUGCUGUCGUGUUACGUAAUCGUCCAAUGGAGCAGAGUCUGUCUGGGCCAUAUCCGGAACCUGACUGGCUGCGCUGCGACUGCCGACGAACGCAAUAUUCUGCUCUACCUCACCAUGCGCUUCGCGAAGACGAUCAAACACAUUCAAGGCCUCCAAGCCUAUCAUGCCGGCGACAAGCUCAACGUGGAAGUCGAUAUCGUGCUUGACGAGCAUACAAGUCUGCGGGACAGUCACGAUCUGGGUGAGAGUUUGCAGUAUGUGUUGGAAAGUGUACCUUACGUGGAUCGUGCAUUCGUGCACAUGGACUAUUCUAGCUAUAAUUUGCCGAGCCAUAUGCAGCAGGACUCUUAG